AUGACGAUCUGUACCUAUAACGCCCGAACGCUUGCAUCAGACGCGGCCAUUGAAGAUCUGAUGAUGCAAGUAAGGAAAUUUAAGCACGACGUCAUCGGACUGACCGAGAUGAGGCGACGCCACCCACUGAAUGCCGUGUAUGACACUGGAGAGGAACUGUUCUUAGGAACAUGCGACAGUAGAGGAGUUCGUGGAGUUGGCUUUUGGAAAGAUACCGUCAUGGACAUCAUCGAAGAGGAAUACGACCGGCUCGCUGAAAACCUUCAGAACUGCAUGAGGAAUGCUGAUACGACAGCUUGCAAUGCUUUGCAGACAGAUGACAAAGGAAGACCUCAAAGAGAAAGAACGGAAGUGUUGCCUAAAGAUGCAGAAGCUGGAAAACCAUUCGCUAAACCCGUCGAGGCUUCGUCAAUAGCAGGACGAAGAGAUGUCUGCGACUCAGUUGAGACGGAAGCGGUCAUGGAAGCCUUGGACAACCAAGGCGUCCCUACUCAGAACAUAAAGCAUCAGUCGAGCAGAACGAAUGCUGACCGAAUUCGACGAAACAUGUGGAUGCAUCAUGUGGAUGGUCUUCAUCUGAAUCUGAAAAAGAUGUUCAUGCGAAACGGAUGGGUCUCAGAUGCCCCAUUUACGCUCAACGGAACGAACAUAUCCAAAUUCACCAGCUACGUUUAUCUGGGUCCGGGAGAUGAACAUGAAGAGCAUCUGGCCUGUGAUCUCCUUUUCAACACCACCGUACUUCUUACUUUGACCAUUGUUUCAGAAACCUGGGCACAUCGCAAGCAGGAAGAAAAUGCGGUGAGCGUCACUGAACGCUCAACUGAAAGAGCGAUGCUAGGAGUAUCCCACUUCACGCAACUGAGGGACGGCAUUCGAAGUUCUAUCCUACGCCAGCGACCGAGGAUUAGAUAA